GUGGUGCGGGGGGAGUGCCGGGGCCGGGAGGGGGUGAGGGUGUCGCUUAGCUACGGGGACGAUGGCGGCGACGGCGGUUUCGUGCAGCUUGAGCUUGAGCUUGGCCACCGCUGUCUGGCUCCUGCUGGCGGCGGCGGCGGUGGGCUGCGCCGGCUCGGAGGCCGACGGGACGGGCGGCAGCAGCGGGGAGCGGUUCAGAAUCGAAGGGCGAGCCGUGGUGCCCGGCAUCAAGCCGCAGGAGUGGAUCCACACGGCCCGGGUGCUGGUGGAGGGAGAGGAACACAUCGGCUUCUUCAAGACAGAUGGAACUUUCACUGUAAAUGAUGUUCCCUCUGGUUCAUAUGUGGUGGAGGUCGUAUCACCAGCAUAUAGAUUUGAACCUGUGCGAAUAGACAUAACCUCCAAGGGUAAAAUCAGAGCAAGACAAGUGAACUAUUUAAAGGCAUCUGAAGUUAUUCGGUUACCUUAUCCUAUCCAAAUCAAAUCUGCUGGACCUCCUCCAUACUUCAUGAAGAGAGAAACUUGGGGAUGGUCAGAUUUCCUCAUGAAUCCUAUGGUAAUAAUGAUGGUUCUUCCAUUGCUAAUCAUCCUUCUCCUGCCUAAAGUAGUCAAUACCAAUGAUCCUGAGAUGCGAAGGGAGAUGGAACAGUCUAUGAACAUGUUAAACCCCAACCAUGAGCUGCCAGAUGUUUCAGAGUUCAUGACUCGACUUUUUUCCUCCAAAUCAUCUAAAUCUGGAAGUGGCAAUAAGUCUGGCAAGAGUGGAGCUGUGAAAAGGAGAUAAUUCCUCCUUGGGAACGCAAUUCAAUUCAACAAAUAUAUGCACAUGUGCCUGUUUGUGCUCUCAUUUAAAAAAAACAGUCAAACGAAUACUGGGAGCUUCCUUCGAUCAGAAACUUUAAUUGAUUUUGUGGAAGACUGUGCGUUUUAUAUUUGCAUGUAUUAAAACAUCAAACGUUCUGUGUGCUUUCAGUGAUAUUAAUACAUUCUGAUGGAUUUCCUGUAAUUUUAAUCAAGGUACAAUACAGUGUAGUAUUCUAGUUUAUUUACUGCCACUUUGGGUAAGUAUUUUUAAUUCAUUCAAAGACCGUUGAAGCAUACUAAAGUAAUAUAAAAGUAAAUAUUUCAGAUACCUGUUCACUUUCUGAUGUACAACAAAGUUGCAAACCUCAGAUUAAUAUAUUAAAGGUAACUGUUCAGAGCUAUGUAUAUUUGAAGUGCACAAAAUAAAGUGAUACAAAUGUAUUGUGA